AUGCUGGCAUGGCAGGACGGCGGGGCCAAGGCGGCCCCUUCUCACCACAAGAUCUCCUUUUCGGUCCUGGACAUCUUGGAUCCGCAGAAAUUCACGCGAACUGCGCUCCCGCCGGUGCGUCUCGCUGCCCUGGAAGCCAAGAAAAGUUUAGCGGAGGUAGAAGCAGGGGAGGACGCCAGCCCGGGGGAUCCUAUCGGCUCGCAGGAGACACCUGAUGCCCCGGGCCGAGGGACUGGACCCCCGUCCCCCCUGGAAGGUUCCGAGGCGGAAGAGGAGGAGGAAGCAGAGGAGGCCGGGCAGGCGCAGCUGCGGGAGCGGCCGGAGCGCUGGCAGGGGGUCCACGCGGGCUUUCCGGAGGCCCGGGCUGGGGCGGCGGGAGCAGAGGAGAGCGGCGCUGACGGCCUCCCGUCGUCCCCGGGCUCUCCCGGCUCCCCGCGGCCCCGGCGCCGGCGAGCGGAGCCCAGCUGCGCCAAACCUCGGCGCGCGCGCACCGCCUUCACCUACGAGCAGCUGGUGGCCCUGGAGAACAAGUUCCGAGCCACGCGCUACCUGUCGGUGUGCGAACGUCUGAACCUGGCCUUGUCGCUCAGUCUCACGGAGACGCAGGUCAAAAUCUGGUUCCAGAACCGCAGGACCAAGUGGAAGAAGCAGAACCCCGGGGCCGACGGCGCGGUGCAGGCGGGAGGCGGGGCGCCGCAGCCUGGGACACCCGGCGCGGUGGCGGGGCCCUGCGGCAGUGGCACCGGGAGCAGUCCUGGCCCGCCGGUUCCUGGCGCUCUGCCCUUCCAGACUUUCCCCACCUAUCCCUCGACCAACGUCCUCUUCCCCGCCGCCUCCUUUCCGCUGACGACCGCCACCAGCGGGAGUCCCUUCCCUCCUUUCCUUGGGCCCUCCUACUUGACCCCUUUCUAUGCCCCACACCUAUGA